UUUUAGUAGCAAUGAAACUGCUUUUACAUAAUUUACUUUCUUCAAAAUUUUUGAAAGGAGUCAAUACUGGAUUUCCUUUAAUUUUGCGUGUUACUAAAAGCGAGAAAAUAGAAUUGGGCGAAAACGAUGCUGAACAAUUUGUAAAACAAAUGAUGCCGAGAUUGGAUUAUAACGCUUUUCGAGAUGCCGCACAAAUUGUGGAUCAGGAACAGGCUGUUGAUUUGCCCAGUAAUUUGCCUAAUGAUUGGGAGAGUAAUUCUGAUUUUUUGAAAAAGAUGUAUUCACUGUUGGUGGGUGUAGAAAUUGUGGAGGGUGAAAUGGAAUGCCCGGAAACUCAUCGAAUCUUUCCUAUUAGUGAAGGCAUUCCAAAUAUGUUAGCUCGAGCCGACGAAAUUGAAGAAGAAUAAAACAAGAGACAAUCAAAAAUUUUUGAGACAAAAUCCUUUUUUGAUUUUUCGAUGUUUUUAAUUAAUAAAGGCAAA